AUGUCUUCUUCUACCGAUCUUGCUGCUACUAUGCGUUCUAUUUUGGACGGCGACCACCAGCUCAGCGCUGAGUUGAGUACUGCUUUAGUAUCCCUGGGCUCAGCAGUCAAUCAACUAAGGAUCCAGCAGGAUGCCACCGUCAAGGAACUUGAACUGGUACGCAGAAUGUGCCGUACCAGUUGGCUGUUGGUAAUUAAUUUACCGCUACCAUUUGGGCAGUCUAAGAGUCAAUCUUUGCAACUUUUAUUCGAAAAGAUCGGGUACUCGAAACCCCUUUUCGAUGCAGAAAGGGAUCUCAUAGCCGCGGAUAUCUUAUACGUGAACAAGAACGGUUCUUGUAAUAUGGCAUUUUUUGUACCUCAACGUCAUCACGAUUACUUGAUGAGCGCGGAUUUUCAGCGUAAAAUCGUUGCCUACAACCAAAAAAUUGCUAGAGAGAGUUGGGUCACCGUCGGAAGGGUGCUCACACCCAAAGAGCGACAGGAUUAUGAGAUGGCUUGUUCUCUUAAACGUCUCAUCAUUGCUCAAAUGAUGGAGAAAAGGAGGGCCGACCCCAAAUAUAACGUGCAAUUCAUACUUGUAGAUAAACGCACCCUUCGUCUUAGGAUCGAUAAACAAUAUUUUACGCUGGAAGAGGCAUCGGCUAAGUUCUCAAUCCCUGUGGAAGCUAUCACGGAAGAGAAAAACAAGCGCAUUACUGAUCUCCACAAAGGGAACAAAAAACGCCAGGCUAGCUCUAUGGAAGGACCUUCUUCUAAAAUAUCUAAGCACUAAACGUUUUACCAAGACUAUUACUUUAUUUUGUUGUGUAGAACCUCACUGACAUAUACGAUUUUAUGAUUAUUUUUGUUCGAUGUUGUUGUUUAAGUUUACUUAUAUUGGUUAAGAUAAAAGGUUUUGAUGAUGUG